AUGGGUACUUCUAUAACAUCCCAUUUUCUUUUCUCCACUGCAUUGGCAAUCACAGUAUCCAUCAUCUCUCUCUCAACAUUCUCUCUCAUAGAAGCUUCCAAUGGCGGUUUUAGUGUGGAUCUCAUCCACCGAGACUCGCCAAAAUCUCCAUUCUACAAUCCUUCCUUGACUGCUUCACAACGAAUAGCCAAUGCUUUGCAACGCUCAAUGAACCGUGUCAGUCAUUUCAUGUCAACUUCAGCCCCUCCAGAAGCACCCUCAAUGGUGUUAAUCCCUGGUACUGGGGAAUACCUAAUGAAAAUAUCAAUUGGGACACCACCUGUUGAAACACUAGUCCUUAUUGACACUGGCAGCGAUCUUAUAUGGACACAAUGUCAGCCUUGUAAACGUUGUUUCAAGCAAAAAUAUCCUCGCUAUAAUCCCAAGAACUCUUCAACAUUCAAAGAGGUUUCUUGUCGGUCAAAUUUAUGCCAAUAUAUUGAAAGAAGGUCUUGUCCAGCAGAUAACGGAAGUUGCCAGUAUUUACAGACUUAUGUCGACACGUCCUACACCAGUGGUUUUAUUGCCACCGAUACUGUCACCUUAGGUUCCACCACUGGCCGGUCUGUGUCUCUCCCCAAAAUAGUUUUUGGGUGUGGACUUGACAAUGUUGGUGUAUUCCCUGGUGGAGGCAUAAUUGGCCUUGGAGGUGGAGAACUUUCCCUUAUUUCUCAAUUGGGUUACUCUAUUGGUGGCAAAUUUUCUUACUGCUUGGUUCCUUCCAAUCCUAAAUCCUCUGGAAAAUUAAAUUUUGGUGACAAUGGGGUGGUUUCAGGUGCUGGGGUGGUUUCUACUCCAAUAGUUCUGAAACCCCCAGUCACCUACUACCACUUAACGUUGGAAGGAAUUUCAGUGGGAAGUGAAAGGUUGGACUUCUACAAUUCUUCAUUGUCAUCGAAAGCUUCUGGCUUUUCUGAGGAGGGUAACAUUGUCAUAGACUCGGGAACAACGUACACAUUUCUUCCACCUGAUCUUUACCUUCGGUUAGAAUUUGCGGUGAAAAAGGCAAUUCCUCUAAAACCUCUCGAAAACCCUCAGCAAUUCAACUUCAACUUGUGUUACAUGACUGAGGAAGAUUUCAAUGCCCCCAUUAUCACAGCACAUUUCAAAGGUGCAGAUGUGAAGUUGAAGCAAAUAAACACUUUUGUUGUAAUUAACGAACAUGUUGUGUGCUUUGGUUUUUUCCCGACCCCAAUCAGCGUUGCCUUUUUUGGUAAUGUGGCACAGAAAAAUUUCUUGGUAGGCUAUGACCUCCAAAAGAAGACUGUGUCCUUUAAGCCCUGCUAG